AUGACCGCUCGUCUGGUCCUGGUCAUCGGUGACCUGUUCAUCCCCGACCGCGCUCCAGACCUUCCCGCCAAGUUCCGGAAACUCCUGACCCCCGGCAAGAUUGGCCAGAUUCUUUGUCUUGGAAACCUGACAGAUCGUGAAACCUAUGAAUUUCUCCGCCAGAUCGCCCCUGACCUACAAAUGGUCAAGGGUGACUACGAUGUCGACUCCCCCAAUCUACCCUUGUCCAAGAUCGUGAACCAUGGCAGCCUGCGCAUUGGCUUCACCCACGGCCACACUAUUAUCCCACCUGGCGAUGCUGAUUCUCUGUUGAUCGCUGCCCGUCAAAUGGAUGUUGAUAUCCUGCUCUGGGGUGGUACCCAUCGCUUCGAGGCCUUUGAGAUGGAAGGCCGCUUCUUUAUCAACCCAGGCAGUGCAACGGGGGCCAUGAGCUCAGGAUACUCAGCAGAAGGUGAAGAGCCCAUCCCGAGCUUUUGCCUAAUGGAUAUCCAAGGCGAUGUGCUGGUGCUUUAUGUCUAUCAACUCAAGACCGAUUCCAAUGGGGUUGAGAAUGUGGCGGUUGAGAAGGUUUCCUUCCGCAAGAACCAUGCUCCAGCCGCGUAA